UCCGGUGGUCUGACCGCCGUGAUUAGCAGUGUUAGCAGAGUGAACCGUUAGCUGGAUCUAAAUAACGGCAGAAAAACAAACCGUCAGAGUUUAGUUCAGCAACCGGAGCAGAGAUGGACCCACACCGGAAGCUGCUGCCUGACGUCACGGACGAGGCUUUAAACCCGAGAAGAAGAAGAAGAGUUUUACCCUCAGACAUCCAGGAAGUGAUCGUGGGUGCAGGCGUCCAGCAGCUGUUGGUGGUUAAAGAAGAGGUUCCCCCUGAGCAGCAGGAGUGGAGCUCCAGUGUGGACCAGGAGGACCCAGAGCCCCCACACAUUAAAGAGGAAGAGGAGGAACUGUGGAGCAGUCAGGAGGGAGAGCAGCUUCAAGGGCUGGAGGAGGCUGAUAUCACCAAGUUCACAUUCACUCCUGUCCCUGUGAAGAGUGAAGACGAUGAAGAGGAACCUCAGUCUGAGGGACACCACUGUGGAGACUUAGAAACAGAUACUGAGGACAAGAAGCCAGACGAUUCUUUAGUCGCUGAGAUUGAAGUACGCCCGGUGUCCGGAGACUCUUCUGAAGCUGAGACUGACGACAGUGACGACUGGAUGGAGAACAGGGAACCUCAGUCAGGUUCAAAUUCUCUGACAAAUGAUGAACUUCCUGUUGGGGACGAAGAGAAAAUCUUCAGCUGCUACAAAUGCGGGAAAAGUUUUGGCAACAGCGGGUACCUGAACCGACAUAUGAGAAUCCAUGCAGGAGAGAAACCAUUCACCUGUACCGUGUGCGGGAAGGGCAUCAUUGAGAGCCGAAAUCUGAAGAGACACAUGAGAACUCACACCGGAGAAAAACCCUUCAGCUGCUCUGAGUGUGGGAAAGCAUUUACUGACGGCAGGCAGAUGAAGAUCCACAUGAGGAGUCACACGGGAGAGAAACCAUACAGCUGUUCAGUCUGUGGAAAAAAAUUUGCUUUACAGACAAGCUGCAUCCGACACACAAGGGUCCACUCAGGGGACAAACGGUUCAGCUGCGACGUUUGUGACAAAGUGUUCAGCUGGCCUCAUCAGCUCAGGAACCACCAGUGUGUCGGUGGUCAGUCGUCGCAGCUUCGUCAAACAGAAGCUGAUGGAGAGAAUGGUGGAGGACCAGGACCAGCUGGGAACUCGGAUCCAGAUACCAAUGACAAGACUGGUGACUCUUCUGAAGCUGAGACUGAUGACAGUGGUGAUUGGAUGGAGACCAGAGAACCUCAGUCAGUGCAGCAGCAGUUGGUGGUUAAAGAAGAGGUUCCCCCUGAGCAGCAGGAGUGGAGCUCCAGUGUGGACCAGGAGGACCCAGAGCCCCCACACAUUAAAGAGGAAGAGGAGGAACUGUGGAGCAGUCAGGAGGGAGAGCAGCUUCAAGGGCUGGAGGAGGCUGAUAUCACCAAGUUCACAUUCACUCCUGUCCCUGUGAAGAGUGAAGAUGAUGAAGAGAAACCUCAGUCUGAGGGACACCACUGUGGAGGACCAGGACCAGUGCCUGGAGGAGGAGUACAACCAGCACCUGGAGGAGGGGUACGACCAGUGCCCAGAGACUCUGAUCCAGAUUUAGAACCAGAUACUGACGACAAGAAGCCUGACAGUUCUUUAGUUGCUGAGAUCGAAGUCAGUCUUGAUGACUGGGACGAGACCAGAGAACCUCAGUCAGGUUUAAAGACUCACAGUAAAAAUGAGGUCCCUGUCAGUCCUGUGAUGUGUCUCUCUGAUGAAAACCCCUUUAGCUGCUCUGAGACUUCAGACUUUUCUGAACCUGAGAUUGACGAGGGUGAUGACUGGGCAGGGUCCAGAGAACCUCAGUCAUGUUUAAACUCUGUCCCCACCAGGGAUAAGAAAGGUAGCGCUGACGAGAAACCGUUCAGCUGCUCCAUCUGUAAGAUAAACUUUACCCGGAGAGGAAGUCUACAGACGCACAUGAGAAUCCACACUGGAGAGAAACCAUUCAUUUGCCCCUUUUGUAGUAAAAGUUUUACCCAAGCAGGAAGUCUGAAAAGACACAUGAGCAUCCACACGGGGGAGAAAAGAUUCAGCUGCAGUGUCUGCGACCGAAGAUUCAUCUGGCUCCAUCAGCUCAUGAACCAUCAGUGUGGCGGGCGUCAGGAGUCAGUCGAAAUUGGAGAGGUAGAGCCUCCAGGCGGCAGCUCGACUCGGCAGGUAAAACAAGAGUCUGAUGGAGAGGACUGUGGAGGUGUACCACCGGUGCCCGGAGAUGGCAUGUUAUCAGUGCCCAGGAGUGGUGGCCCACCAGUGCUCGUAAACUCCUCUGAACUAAAAACUGAAGACGGUGGUGAUUGUACAGAGACCAGAGAACCUCAGUCAUGUUUAAACUCUCUGAAAAAUGUUGGUGAGAAACCGUUUAGCUGCUCCGAGUGUGGGAAAAGGUUCAGCACCAAGGGUAGUCUGAAGGAACACAUGAGAAUCCACACGGGGGAAAAACCGUUCAGCUGCUCUGUCUGUAACAAAUCUUUCACACAGAGCGGGAGUUUACAGAAACACAUGAGGAUCCACACUGGCGAGAAAAUAUUCACCUGCUCUGUAUGCGACAAAAAAUUUUUGAACAAGGCGCACCUGAAGACGCACAUGGUCACUCACACGGGAGAGAAACCGUUCAGCUGUGCACUGUGUGGUAAAGCUUUCAUUGAGAAUGGAAACCUGAAGAAACACAUGAGGACUCACACAGGGGAGAAACCAUUCAGCUGCUCGAUGUGUGAGAAGUCUUUUACACAGAACGGGAGUUUGCAGACUCACAUGAGGACUCACACUGGAGAAAAACCGUUCAGCUGCUCCGUUUGCGAUCAGAGAUUCUUGAGUAAGGCGCACCUGAAGACGCACUUGAUAAAACACACUGGAGAGAAACCCUUCAGCUGCUCCGUGUGCGGGAAAGGUUUCAACGAAGGUGGUAAUCUUAGGAAACACAUGAAGACGCACUCAGGAGAGAAACCCUUCAGCUGCUCCAUCUGUGAUCAAAGAUUUUUACAGAAGACAGACCUGAAGCGUCACAUGAUCACACACACUGGAGAGAAGUUUUUCAGCUGCUCCAUUUGCGAUCAGAGUUUUUUACAGAAACCGAAUUUGAAGAGACACAUGAUCACGCACACGGGAGAGAAACCCUUCGUUUGCACUGUGUGCGGCAAACGGUUCAUUCAGAAAGUUCACCUGACGCACCACAUGGCCCGACACACUGGAGAGAAGAGAUUCCGGUGUGGCAUGUGUGAUCAGAAAUUUGCUUGGCUUUAUCAGCUGAGGAACCAUCAGUGUGUCAGUCAGCAGUCGUCACAGGUUCAGCAGACUGAGGAGGGUGGAGGGGCGGAGCCUCCGGCCAGCAGCUCAGCUGAUGAGCAACAACAACUUCAAAUGGAUCUCACAUGAGAAUAGUAUGGAUUUUAGUAUCGACGCCAGAUAAGGACAAAUAUACAGAAGGAUUAUUUCUGGAUACAUGAAAAGCUUUUAAUGGUGAAAUUUUUCGAGUCAAAUAAAGUUCCAACAGCUUUCAGAGUUCAGCAUUUCAGUAUAGAGCUGCAGCUGUGUGAGAUUUUCAUGAACAGUAACCGUCUCAAAAAAUAUCGCAGUUUCACAGCACUGUGGUAUAACAGUUAAAGUUAAAGUCCCACUGAUUGUCACACACCAGAGUGUGUGAAAUUUGUUCUCCGCAUUUGACCCACCCCCUGAGGGAGCGGUGAGCAGCAGCAGUGCCGCGCUCGGGAAUCAUGUGGUGAUCUAACCCCCCGAUUCCAACUCCUGAUGCUGAGUGCCAGGCAGGGAGGCAAUGGGACCCAUUUUUAUACUCUUUGUAUAUACAGUACAGGCCAAAAGUUUGGACACACCUUCUCAUUCAAUGCGUUUUCUUUAUUUU